CCAUCUCUUGCUCGAUUAGUUCGUUACUACAAUGCCCAGCUCGACAAGGAGUUGAGCAAGUACCCUCAGCUGAACCAGUUCCAGGCUGUGACCGGAGUCCCAAAGACCUACGUCGUCGUCGGUGCUGGAGCAUUCGUCUUCUUGAUGAUCUUCUUCAACUUUGCCGGAAAGCUCCUCUCCAACCUCCUCGGAUGGGUCUACCCCGCCUAUCGCUCCUUCAAGGCCUUGGAGACCCCUCAGACUGAUGAUGACAAGCAGUGGUUGACUUACUGGACCGUCUACGGAUUCGUCUCGAUCCUCGAGUCCUUCACCGACAUCCUUCUGUACUGGUUCCCCUUCUACUUCUUCCUCAAGACCGUCUUUCUUCUUUGGCUCAUGAUUCCCUCCUUCAACGGAGCUGCCACUAUCUACAACCGUGUCCUCCGCCCCUUCCUGGUCCAGCACAAGUCUGAGAUUGAUGCUUCGUACCAGAACUUGAAGGCCAAGGUCUCGGCUGUUGCCUCUGAGUUCGACGGCAGCGCCACCUCCACCUCCACCUCCACCACCACCACCUUCACCGCUACCCAAUAA